AUGCGGGUAUUUGAACAUGAGUCGCGGAACUUGGACUCUGAGAGGCUUGUCUGCUUGGCCGGCAAUCAGCACGCCGAGCACGCCUGCUGCAACGUGACGCCCUCUCAUCAUGCUCCUCGAGUGCCUUUCCACGUGGCCGACGUGCUGACGCAGCGGCGCGGCCAGGUGUGGGCCUACUCCAGCGAGCCCCACAAGGGCUCUUGUCGCGGGCUGCGCCGCGGGCGCUGCCCCGCGCCCCGCGGCCGGGUGCUGGGCGGCUCCACCGGCGUGGGGUACAUGCUGCGCACCAGGCCGCCGUUCGCCGACUUCCGGCGGUGGGUCGCCGCCGGGAACGAGGGCUGGGGCCAGACGCUGCGCUACUUCAAGAAGGCCGAGGACCAGCUCUCCGCCGACCGCUGGCCGGGCUUCACGCAAGCCACGGGCGGCCCGGUGCCCGUCUCGGACCCGCCGUACUCCAGCGGGCUGUCCAGGGCCUUCCUGGAGGCCGCCGCCUGGCUGGGCUACCGCGUGCACCACGGCGAGAACGGCACCGUCAGCGGCUUCUCCAGGCUGCAGACCACAAUGCGCGACGGCAGCCGCUUCAGCGCGGCCGAGGCCUACCUGCCCGAGGCGGUCCGCGGCCGCCCCAACCUGCGCGUCGAGACGGGGAGCGUUGUGACGAGGGUCUUGUGGCGGGGCAACGCGCGCGCCGCCGGCGUGGAGGUUCGAACCGCGGACAAGGCCCUUCUGCAGUACCGCGUGCGCAAGGAGGUGAUCCUGGCCGCUGGCGCCGUCAACUCCCCCCAGAUCCUGAUGCUGUCCGGCAUCGGCCCCGAGCAGCACCUGCAGAGCCUGGGCAUCCCCGUGCUGAGGAACCUGUCCGUGGGGCUGAACCUGCAGGACCACGUGGGCGUCGGCGGGCUGGUGUGGACGCUGGAGGACGCGGACGAGACGCUGUCCCUGGUGGACGCCAAGGUGCGCACGGCGGCCAACACGUGGCGGUGGCUGCGGCACGGCGCCGGCCCGCUCACGGCACUGCUGGGCGGCGAGGCGGCGGGCUUCUUCAGCUCGGGGCACAACCCCGAGGGUGACGCCGAGGACGGCCCCGACGUCGCCCUGCUGUUCACGCCCACGUCGCCGGCCUCGGUGCCCGGCCUCGCCGCGGUGCACGGCCUCGGCGCCGUGCUCUACGACACCGUGUUCGCGCCGCUGGAGGGCAACCAGACCUUCACCAUCACGCCCAUGGUGCUGCGGCCCGCGUCGCGCGGCAGAGUGCUGCUCCGCUCCAAGGACCCCAUGGCCGCGCCCCUGCUGCAGCCCGGCUUCCUGACGCACGCGCGCGACGUGGCCGUGGCGCUGGAGGGCGUCGGCACGUGCAAGAUGGGCGUGGACGCGGACAGUGUGGUGGACGCCCGCUUGCGGGUGCGCGGCACGUCCGGGCUGAGGGUCGCCGACGCGUCCGUCGUGCCCGCCGCGCCCGCCUCCCUGCUCGAGGCCGUCGUCACCAUGGUGGCCGAGAUGGCGGCGGACCUCAUCAAGCAGGACUGGGGGGCGUACCGCACGCCGCCGCCCCCGGGCUUCCCGCCGCCGCCCGCCCCCGACCCCUUCCUCGGCACCACCCCCGCCCCCGCCCCCAGCACGACUUCAUCCUCGGUACCCGUGGCGCCUGUUCAAACACCCUCGGCGCCGCGCGGCCAGCAGGGACGUCCUGGAGGGUCCACCAGCAGCCCCAACAACACCACCGUCAAGGACGCGUCCUCUGGGCGCCCCGCCGUCGGCGCGGUGGACUACCGGGAGCCCCGGGAGUAG